UAACGCUGUCCAUUCUACACAACCGCUACCAUGGCCGGUCCUAGCAAGUCCCUGGUCCUUGACCCGGCCCUCCAGAAAUACUACGAGGUCAACGCAAACCGCUACAAGUACUUCCGCUGGACCCCGCGCCAUGCCUGGUUCUCGUUCCUCUACAUGGCUCUGAUUCCCGGAACAUUGGGCUACAUUGCCUACAAGACUGAGGGCAAGUACGAUUUCCGUGGGAAGCGGAGGGGAGAUACCCUUGAGGAAUUUUGAUUUAUCGUUGUUUUGCGGUCGAUUGGUUUGGGGUGGAUGAAAAUGAAGGGUUUGUCGGAAGGAUGACGACACUCAUCGCUAGAUGUGUAUUUAUUACGGAAUAUACCGCUUAUUGUUUCUUUUUCUCUUCUUGGUACUUUGGUUGAAUUGUAGAUGAAGAGUGUGGAUUAUGUGUUUGUGGUACUUCCAGUGUAGGUGGAAUGUGUUGUGUAG